CCUCUGUCGCAGCCUCCGUCGACUCCUACGCCGGUGCCUUCUCCUAUUCUGGUACCUUCUCCUACUCCGGCUCCUGCUUCUACUCCGGUACCUUCUUCUGCUCCGGUACCUUCUUCUGCUCCGGUACCUUCUUCUGCUCCGGUACCUUCUUCUGCUCCGGUACCUUCUGAUACUCUGGUACCUUCUACUUCUGCGGCUCUAACUGCACCAUCCCGUGCCGUUGUUCUGGCUCAGAGGUCUGAUCUGCCUCCCUCUGACUCCUACGAGCUGUCUGACGACUCCUAUACAGCUCCUGCUUCUCGUGAGGUACCAACUCUUACUGCUCCUCGUACGGUACCAUCCCUUCCUGCUCCUCGUAAGGUACCAUCCCUUCCUGCUCCUCGUAAGGUACCCUCCCUUCCUUCAACUCGUAAGGUGCCAUCUCUUCCAGCACCUCGUACGGUACCUUCACUUCCAGCACCUCGUACAGUACCCUCCCUUCUUCCUGUUCCUCGCAAUAUACUAUCUGCUCCUACUGCUCCUCUCGGUCUUCCUCAUCCUGCGGUUAAGGCUCCAUCCCCUAUCCCUGGAUCUUCAUCGGCCAUACCCAUGGAAAUUGUUUCUACGGAUACUGAGCCUGAACCUAUGUCUGAAGAUGGCUAUGACAUGGAAGUGGUCUCUGAUCAGGAAUUCUUCGAUGCUCCUGAGCAAUAUGGCACUCAUCCACGUUCGUCACCUUUAAUCUCCACGCGCUCCUCUAUGGAUGUUCUGCUGGAUCAGGAAGAAUAUCCAGAUCCGUCCAC